UUUAUUGAAAGAAUCGACCUAUUUUAUCACGGACGGAGGGACGACUCUCAGGGCUGCGUUCUCUGGAAAAACAGAUACCGGGGAAACCCUUAUCAGCGUGGGUGAUAAAUCGCACCUUGGCUGAUGAUUGACUCCCGUGGCAAAGAUGACCCGACCAGGAUUCUCUGCCCCGCCCACUGUAUUAAUUCAGCCGGCGAGUGGGACUGCUGGGAUUUUGCUGCAAGUCGCGAAGGCCGGUGUCUGUGUCUGCUGCCGCCCGCUUCAUUCAACCACCGCCAUGAGGGAGAGAAGGACUCCUCAGCCAGUAGUGGCCCGCUGCAAGUUGGUUCUGGUGGGGGAUGUACAUUGCGGCAAGACGGCCAUGCUUCAGGUGCUGGCCAAAGACUGCUACCCGGAGACAUACGUGCCCACUGUUUUUGAGAACUACACAGCAUGCCUGGAAACGGAGGAGCAACGGGUGGAGCUCAGUCUGUGGGACACAUCUGGAUCCCCAUAUUACGACAACGUGCGCCCCCUGUGCUACAGUGACUCAGAUGCUGUUUUGCUCUGUUUUGAUGUCAGUCGCCCUGAGACCAUGGAUAGUGCAAUGAAGAAGUGGAAGACUGAAAUCUUGGACUAUUGUCACAACACCCGUGUGCUGCUGAUAGGAUGCAAGAUAGACCUGCGUACUGACUUCAGCACCCUGAUGGAGUUGUCUCACCAAAAGCAAGCCCCGGUAUCUUACGAACAGGGUUGUUCUGUAGCCAAGCAGCUGGGAGCAGAAAGUUACCUGGAAUGCUCCGCCUUCACAUCAGAGAAGAGCGUCCACAGCAUCUUCCGGACGGUGGCCUCCCUCUGUCUCACCAAGCCUGGCCUCCCAGGGCCCCCCAAGAGCCCCGCCCGAAGUUUUCCCAAGAGACUUCUCCGCCUUCCCAGCCGAUCGGAGCUCAUUUCUUCCACUUUUAAGAAGGAGAAAGCAAAAAGCUGUUCCGUCAUGUGAAGGGCUGGCUGCAGAGGGUGGUGAUGGAACUGCUGCGGACUCUGGGUCUCCGGGUGGCCCCUCCAGGGUGGGAUUCAGGGAAUGGCUUGGCUCCUCCAAGCCAGAGCUGGAAAGUUCAGAAGGAUCCAGUUUCCCUCUCUUCCUGCUAUCCAAGGAGGAGGGGGAAACGGCAUAACAUGGCCGGACGGCUCAAAUGAAGAUCGGUGCAAGACUUGUCUGCUUUGUAAGUCUUGGGGUUUGGCACAGCAACAUCUUGGACGGUAGCAGCUCUGGUGACUAUUGCGCAUAUUUGAAGGAACUGAAAAAAAAAAAAUCACCACCACUAUCCUGCCUUGCCACUGCACAGUUAAUAUCUUCCUUUGGCCCUAGGUCAUCACAUCCAUCUGCUGCUUGUCAAUUGCCUGUUGGAUGCGGACUGAGUGCAAGCGUCUCUCCUUUCUCCCUCUAUGCUGACACAUGUACCCCUCUGUAUCCAGGAUACAGGUGCCCAGACAUCCAUCCUCGCGGAGAUAAAGCUGGGUGGGAGGAGAGAGUGACCUAUUGAUCUUGUGCAUAUGUGUGGAAAGAAAAGAAAUAUUGAAGGGGGGGGGAGGGAAGAUUUGUGAAAUGUUCAGUGUUAUUAAAAGAGAACUUAUUUAUUAAUGAAAAUAUAAUACAGAUUAACCGUCUUAUUCAAAGGGCUUUCUUCUUUGCCAUCACCUCUCUUCUGCUGUCCCAGUGAUAGAAGGAACAAGGAGAAACUAUUUUACAAAAGUUUGAAUUCGAUUCCUUUUCCUGAUAUCCCGCCUCCCCCCUGCCUUUGGGGUUGGUUUCUAUUGUUCUAGCUGUGGGUCAAAGUCUUAAAGUAAUCUUCCAAAUGACUCUAUCAAGAAAUUCUGGGAGCUACCUGAUGUAGCUUUAGUCAAUCAAAGUAAAGGAAAUCGGCUGGAUCUGGGAUAGGCGACACAUGCGGCUUUUAAAUCCCAACUCCCACCAAUCCUAGUCUCUGGCCCAUAAGGAAGGAUGCUGGCAGUUGCACUCAAUAGCUUUUGGGAGGCUCCUUCGUUUUGGUUCCUGAAACAUAAACAUUUUAUUUCAGAUUCCCAGGCCAGGAUUUUGCUGUAUUUUUAAUUUGGAGAUCUAGUCUGCAAACACUGCUAUACUGAAGGCCCCUGAUUUUAAACAGAGAUCUUCAAUUUAAACCACAUCUCCUUUCUGUAUGGUGAUUGUAAAUUGCCCCAAUAGCUCUUGUGGGCUAAUUGUGGCCUGGUUUUAAUGGACAAACUGAUCCUCUAUCCAAUAGCAUCUGAACUAUGUUUCUGGUUGCAAGUAUCCUGUAAAUGCUAAGGGCGCCAUGGCAUUUGAAGACUUUAAAAUGCCGGAUUGAUACAACCACCAGAGUAGGAGAAGUCCUUUGGUUCUGGGGAAAAAAACACAUUGCUGCAUCUAUCGUAGCAGCCCAUCUACUAAUUGUAUGUUUAUUUAGAUUUUAUUUUGUUGAGUUCAAAGCAUAUCUAGCACUUUUCUUCCCCCCCCCCUGCAUUUCCCCAAGAUAAUCCUGUGUUAUCCUGUGAAUGUUUAUCAUGGAAGAGGCCACUAUACAGUGGAAGAGGGCUUAUUCUCUUGUAUGACAAGUACAGGUAGUCCUCAACUUUACGACAAUUGAACCCAAAAUUUAUGUUGAGUUUUGCCCCAUUUUAUGAUCUUGCCACAGUUAUUAAGUGAAUCACUGCAAUUGUUAAAUUAGUAACCCGGUGGUUAAGUGAACCUGGUCUCCCCAUUGACAUGGCUUGUCAGAAGGUUGCAAAAGGUUAGGUUAUCACAUGUCUUCAGGACACUGCAGCCAUCAUAAAUAUGAGUCAAUUGCCAAGGGUCUGAGUUUUGAUGACAUGAUCAUGGGGAUGCUGCAAUGAUUGUUAAAUGUGAAAAAUGGCCAUCAGUCACUUUUUUUAGUGCUGUUGAACUUUGAACCUCGCUAGAUGAAUUGUAAGUUGAGCACUACCUGUAGCCUUCCUUGGAGAAAUGAUCUAUAAAUAGUUGCUUAUUUGGAUAUGGGACCAGGUCUUUUUUUUUCCUAAUGGAUUCUUAUAAAUACUUUUGCUUCAAGCAGUUGUUGAUGCCUGAUGCUCACCUGCCAAUGGUUAAGCUUCAUGACCCAUUAGAAAUGUUUUGCAACAUAGGUGCAGACCCAAAAGGAUACAUAUGAAUGCGUCGCACAAGAGUAGUGGUGUUGGUUUAUUUAACUUUACAUUUGAUGAGGUCCUUUUC